GUGGUUUAUCUCUAACCAGCCUAUUUUUAAAUUUCAAAAUAAUUAAUUGAUAAACUGUUUCCUAACAAAAUCUGUUUAUUCGGCGUAGGGAAGCCUUUCCUCCAUUGACAUUAAUUCAGAAAACGGCUUUGGUCUUCUCCCCUGCGUCCAGCCCAUAGACUGUAGGCUAUAAAACUGUAUACAUCCAAAGCAGCAGAGGCAACAUUGUUUCGCUUUUUUGGCUAAAUGUUCCAGAGAGUCACGCUUCAUCACAGCUGACCAGAACUCGUUCAAAGACGGUUUUGUAAGCGUAUUCAACACCCCAGAAAAGGCAUUAUAUGUGUGUCUACUGUUCGUUAUGAAAAAUAUUUUAUGAAAUUCGUUGAGCAUGUGCAAUGGUAUAUUGUAAUGGAAAUUUCAUUCAGUUGUUAUGGUGGAGAACCCUGCAGAAUGAAGGAAGAAGAUGCAGAGGAACAAACAGAUUUGAUGGGAUUGAAGGACGACAAGGAGCAUCAGUUUGAAAAUCAUCAUCAUUUUAAAAAUGAAGAUGAAUAUGCAGUCAUUUCACAGACUGAACAGAAUUUCACACAAGAACAAGCUGGAAAAACUGGAGCCAAAGGAUCUUUCGCAUGCACUCAGUUUGGAAAGGGUUCAUUUAUCAAAGAAGAACCAAAUGUGCACAUGAGCAUUCAACAAACAGAUUUGAUGGGACUGGAGGAAGACAAGAAGCAUCAGUUUGAAAAACCUCAUCAUUUUAAAAAGGAAGAUGGAAAUGCAGUCAUUUCACAGACUGAACAGAAUUUCACACAAAAACAAUCUGAAAAGACUGGAGCCAAAGGAUCAUUCACAUGCACCCUGUGUGGGAAGAAUUUCGGUCGGAAAUCAAAGUUGAACAGACACAUGACAGUUCACACUAGAGAGAAGCCGUUUACAUGCACUCAGUGUGGAAAACGUUUCGGUGAGAAAUCAAAGUUGAACAGACACAUGACAGUUCAUACUGAAGAGAAGCCGUUUACAUGCACUAAGUGUGGAAAGAGUUUCCGUCAGAAAUCAAACCAUAACAGACACAUGAGAUAUCACACUGGAGAGAAGCCAUAUACAUGCACUCAGUCUGGAAAGGGUUCCUUUGUUAAAGAAGAACCAAAUGUUCACAUGAGAAUUCAACAGACAGAUUCAGUGGGACUGAACGAAGACAAGCAACAUCAGUUUGAAAAACCUCAUCAUUUAAAAAAUGAAGAUGGAAAUGCAUUAAUUUCACAGACUGAACCGAAUUUUAAACAAAAACAAUCUGGAAAAACUGGAGCCAAAGGAUCUUUCACAUGCACUCAGUGUGGGAAGAGUUUCAGCCGUCCAUCAAAUCUUAAGAGACACAUGACAGUUCACACUGGAGAGAGGCCUUUCACAUGCACUCAGUGUGGGAAGAGUUUUGGUGAAAAAUCUGAGUUUAAUGGACACAUGAGAUCUCACACUGGAGAGAGGCCUUAUAAAUGCACAGAGUGUGGAAAAGGUUUCAUUCAGAAAUCAAACCGUAACAGACACAUGAAAGUUCACACUGGACUGAAGCCUUAUACUUGCUCUCAGUGUGAAAAGGUUUUCUUUGACAAAGAAGAACUAAAUGUGCACAUGAGAAUUCACACUGGAGAACGUCUGUUCACAUGCACUCAGUGUGGAAAGAGUUUCGGUCAGAAAUCAAAGUUUAAGAGACACAUAAGAUAUCACACUGGAGAGAGGCAUUACACAUGCACUCAGUGUGGAAAGAGUUUCUUUGCCAAAGGAGAACUAAAUGUGCACAUGAGAAUUCACACUGGAGAAAGACCGUUCACAUGCACUCUGUGUGGGAAGACUUUCAGUCGUACAUCAAACCUUAAGAGACACGUGAGAUUUCACACUGGAGAGAGGCCUUUUACAUGCACUCAGUGUGGGAAGAGUUUCUUUGUCAAACAAGAACUUGAUGUGCACAUGAGAAUUCACACUGGAGAAAGACCGUUCACAUGCACUCUGUGUGCACUCAGUUUUAAAUCUAAACACGUCCUGAAAAAACAUCAGCUCUCUCACUCUGGAGUGAGAUCAUUCAGCUGUGAUCAGUGUGAUAAAACUUUUGUGUUUGCAUCAUACUUAAAGGAACAUAUUAAACUUCAUGCAGGUGUAAAGCGUCACUUUUGCACUUUUUGUGAAAAGAGCUUUACACAACCGUACAGUUUACAAGUUCAUCAGAGCAUUCACACUGGUGUGAGACCUCAUGUGUGCUUGGACUGUGGAAAGACCUUUCUUACAUCUAGUGACUUACAAAAACACCAGAGGAUUCACACUGGAGAAAAACCAUACAAGUGUUCACACUGUGACAAGAGAUUCACUGAUUCAUCAACCCUGAAAACCCAUGAGAGAAUACACACUGGAGAAAAGCCGUACCAGUGCUCUUCAUGUGGGAAGGAUUUCACUCGCUCAUUUACUCUAAUUAAACAUAAGAUAAAGCAUUGCCCACAGUUGUCUAAGUCACAUUCAGAUCCAUCACUGUGAAAAAAUGUAAUCCAAGUUUGAAGAUUUGAGAAAU